AUGUGGAUUCCAGUCGCUUCUUUAUUAUUAAUUGUUCAAGCUGUCUUAGCUUCUUCUCCAUUCAUUAUUCAAUUAGAUGGCUCUACCACUUUUGAAAAUUUCUUAAACCAAGCUAUUGCUAGUGUUCUUUCAACUAAACCAGAUAAUAAUAAUACCAUUGAGAUUGGUGAUUUCAAAGCAUUCGUUGCAGAUUUUGAUGAAGGUUUAUUAGGGAAACUUCAUGCAGAUCCAAUCAUCAAGAACAUUUUCCCUGAUGUUCAAAUCAACGUUUUUGAUUCAAUAGGUCCUCAUUUACGUAAAAGAUCAACAUUAGAACCAUACACUGAACCAAAUUUUGUUAAAAGAAAUAAUGAUAUUACUACACAACAAGAUGCACCAAGACAUUUAGCAAGAUUAUCUCAAAGAGAAGGUAUCUUUAAUGAAACUGGUUCAUUAGAAUAUAACUAUGAUGGUGAUGGAUCUGGUGUUACUGCUUAUGUCCUAGAUACUGGUGUUGCUAUUGAUAAUCCAGAUUUUGGAGGUAGAGCUAGUUAUGGUGCAAAUUUCAACACACAAGAAGGUGAAGGUGAUGUUAAUGGUCAUGGAACAAACGUUGCAGGUAUUAUUGGCUCAAAGACUUAUGGUGUUGCUAAAAAUGUCAAAAUUGUUGAUGUUAAAGUUCUUGGUGAUCAACCAUCAAGUCCUUUAUCUGGUAUUUUGAAAGGUCUUGAAUGGGCCAAUAAUGAUCGUAAAAAGAAAGGUAUCAAAGCUGUUGCCAAUUUAUCUUUGAAUUCUUUGAAAAAUGAUGCUUUCAAUCAAGCUGCUGAUGCUGCUUUCAAAGAUGGAUUGGUUGUUUUAACUGCUGCUGGUAACUCUGCAAAGAAUACAGAAUUAUACAGUCCAAGUUCUGCAGACUCACCAAUUGUUGUUGGUGCAUUAGAUGAUCAAACUGAUACCAUUGCUAUCUAUUCAAAUUGGGGUCCAAGAGUUGAUAUCUUUGCUUCUGGUGCUGAUGUUAAAUCUUUAAGUAACAAAUAUCCAAAUGGUUAUAGUGAAUACUAUGGUACAUCUCAAGCUACACCAGUUGUUGCAGGUCAAGCUGCUAUCUUAUUACAACAAGGUACAUCUGUUGGUGAUAUUAAGAGUGAAUUGAUCAAAUUAUCAACUAAGAAUGCUAUUUCUCAAGAAACUUAUGAUAAUAAUUCAAACUAUACACAAACUGUUAAUAGAGUUGUCUAUAACGGUAUUGAAAAUUCACCAGAUAAGAUUUCCAACCCAUCCCACUUGAAACAAGACCAAUCAUUACGUAAAUACUUGGAAUAG